CGCGACGCACAUGUUGAGGUGAAAGUGCGAGCUGCCAUUUUUGCAUCAUUCUUCCUGAUUAGUUGCGUUAAAGGAAACCACUUACGAGUCGCUCCACCUUGACGUUUACCGUUUUAUUAACCCCGCAGUCGUGCCGAGCAGAGAGGGGUCGUUGUGCUCCCAAGGAGACGCGCAGCAGCACACGGACAUGUCGUCGUUCUCCGAGACGGCCCUGGAGAAGAAGCUGUCGGAGCUGAGUAGCUCGCAGCAGAGCGUCCAGACUCUGUCCCUGUGGAUCAUUCACCACCGCAAACACUCGGGCCUCAUCGUCAAAGUUUGGCACAGGGAGCUGAAGAAAGCUAAAACCAACAGGAAGCUGACCUUCCUCUAUCUGGCCAAUGAUGUCAUCCAAAACAGCAAGAAGAAAGGACCCGAAUUCACCAAAGACUUUGAGACGGUCCUUAUUGAUGCCUGCUCUCAUGUUGCAAGUGAAGUUGACGAGAGUUGCAAAAAGCACAUGGAGAGACUCCUGAACAUCUGGAAGGAGCGCAACCUUUACAGAGGCGACUUCAUUCAGCAGCUCACCCUGGCCAUCGAAGACUCCAACAGCCCCCAACCUACAGUAGAAAAAAAGAAACCAGUGAAACGAACCUACCAGAAGAUCCAGCAAGAUGAAGAGGAGGAAGAGGACGACGACUACAGGAGCAUUAGCUCUCCUCGCAACACGGAUGCCUCUGCUAAUCAACUGACAGAGGAGCUGGUGAAAGCGCUACAGGACUUGGAGAACGCUGCAUCAGGCGACGCUGCUGUUCGACAGAAAAUCGCCUCAUUGCCGCAGGAAGUCCAAGAUGUCUCGCUACUGGAGAAAAUAACCGACAAGGAGGCAGCAGACAAGCUGUCCAAGACGGUGGACGAAGCGUGUUUGCUGCUGGCAGAGUACAAUGGCCGCCUGGCCGCAGAGCUGGAGGACCGCAGGCAGCUGGCACGCAUGCUGACCGACUACAUCGGCAGCCAGAAGGAGGCGCUGGUGGAGAGGGAGAAGAAGCUGGAGGAAUACAAGCAGAAGCUGGCCAGGGUGACACAGGUGAGGAAAGAGCUCAAGUCCCACAUCCAGAGUCUGCCCGACCUCUCCCUCCUUCCCAACGUGACCGGCGGUCUAGCCCCUCUUCCCUCGGCUGGUGACCUCUUUUCCACCGACUGAGUGGUGGAGCUCAGACCAGCUACCACCUCAUGUUCUCCCACACCCACCGCGCACCCUCAGCAUAACCAUAGCAGGCUGUGUUGCUGGCCAGGGCCUGAUGAGGUUAACACGUACCAGCAGGACAAGUGAGGGGUUGGAUCGUGGAAUCGAGUUCGGGACAAUAACAUUAGGUUUUGCAAAAUCGCAACUCUCUGCAGAGAGAACAGAGACUCUGUAAGCCUGGAUUUUCUCGCUUAGUGUCCACGCCACCAGCUUGGAGUUAGUUCUUUACUGUUUGUUUUUAUUAUUAUUUUUUUAUUUGUAAUGACAUGUAUGUGAAUAAAGAAGAAAGGCUUAGUUGACCGUAGUUACCAUUGUCAAGUGGCGUUCAUGGUGCUGUUUCUGUUACCUGGAUUCCGUAUGCUGAAUUGGCCUUAUUAGAGUUUGUGACUACACUGUGAUGAGAAUGUACCAUUGAUUAGUUGCAUUUGGGAGUUUUUGUUUUGUUUUAAAUUGUUCAGUUGGAGGUUAUAGCGACAGUGCUGUUGUGGCAGCUGAAAUCAGACCGAUAUGAUUUUUAAGUACCAGUCAGCAUUUUUCAGAUUUUUGUUUUUAAUUAUUUUUUUUAUUAUUAUUUUUUUUUUUUAUUGGGGAAGUUUACGAGGAGUCUUUACUAUGGUCCACCAUUGCUUCAUUUUAUUGUAUGCAAUAAUUGCCAAUUUAGACUCAAAGAUAUGUGAAGGGAGUUUGACCUCCCAAAUAAGAAAAAUAUUCAAUGGCUCCCAUUAAGUUGUCCGAGUUUUGUCUACAGUCACAACUAAUGCAAUUGAUGGGAAUAAACUCAUAAUGUAGUUUCUGAA